AUGCAGCAGCCUGAGGGCGGCUGCCAGCAGAGCUCACAGGGGCUCACAAGGCCAGGGCACCAGCCCUUGAUUGCUGAGGCCACCGGGGCCCUGCACACCCGGGCCCUGCACACCGGGGUUCCUGCACACCAGGGGGGCCUGCACACCGGGGAAGAAGAAGGAGGGAUCCCGGUGGGAAAAGAAGAAAGGAUCCCGGUGGGUUUCUGCCCAGCAGCCGGUUCCCUGUGGAUCUACCCCACCAACUACCCGGUGCGGGGUUACCAGCUGCGGAUGGCCCGCUCCGCCCUGCUGGGCAACACGCUGGUGUGCCUGCCCACCGGGCUGGGGAAAACCUUCGUGGCCGCCGUGGUCAUGUACAACUUCUACCGCUGGUUCCCCUCCGGAAAGGUGCUUUUCCUCGCCCCCACCAAACCUUUGGUGGCUCAGCAGAUGGAGGCCUGUGCCAAAGUGAUGGGGAUCCCGGCCCGACAUAUGGCCGAGAUGACAGGGGGAACCCAAGCCCUGAGUCGCAGGGAACUGUGGGCUACCAAGAGAGUCUUCUUCCUUACACCUCAAAUAAUGGUGAAUGAUCUUUCUCGUGGGACGUGUCCUGCUGUAGAGGUGAAAUGUUUGGUUGUUGAUGAAGCCCACAAAGCCCUUGGAAAUCAUGCCUACUGCCAGGUUGUGAGGGAACUAGGCAUAUACACUAAGCAGUUUCGGAUCCUGGCCCUAAGUGCCACACCAGGCAGUGAUACCAAGGCUGUGCAGCAAGUCAUUUCCAACCUGCUCAUUGCUCAGAUAGAGCUGUGUACUGAGGAUUCUCCAGAAAUCCAGCCUUAUUCUCACGAACGACAAGUGGAAAAAAUUGUUGUUCCACUUGGUGAAGAAUUGGUAGACAUCCAGAAUGCUUACAUCCAGGUGCUAGAAACGUUUGCUGGACGCCUGAUUAAAAUUGGAGUUCUGGCAAGGCGGGACAUUCCCAGCCUUACCAAGUACCAGAUAAUUCUAGCAAGAGAUCAAUACAGAAAAAACCCAUCUUCACAAAACAUGGGAAUACAUCAAGGCAUAAUUGAAGGAGAUUUUGCACUUUGUAUUAGUUUGUAUCAUGGUUAUGAGCUGCUGCUGCAGAUGGGAAUGCGGUCAUUGUUUAUCUACCUUAGUGGAAUUAUGGAUGGAUCAAAAGGGCUGACUCGUACAAAGAAUGAACUUGGUCGUAAUGAGGACUUUGUGAAGCUGUAUCAGCAGCUCAGAGACAUGUUUUCAGACACACCUCUGGCUUCAGAGAGUGGAAAUGUUUACAACAGUAAACCAGUUUUUGAAAAUAAAAAGGAAUUUAUCUACAGCCAUCCAAAAUUAAGGAAAUUGGAGGAAAUUGUAAUAGAACACUUCAGAUCCUGGAAGAAGAAAAGUUCUGAUACCAGAGUGAUGAUCUUCUCAUCCUUUCGAGACAGUGUGCAAGAAAUUGCUGAAAUGCUUUCCCGACUCAGGCCCGUGGUCAGAGUCAUGACAUUUGUUGGCCACUCCACAGGGAAAAGUACAAAAGGCUUCACACAAAAGGAGCAACUUGAGGUGGUAAGACGCUUCCGUGCAGGUGGGUAUAACACUCUGGUCUCUACCUGUGUUGGGGAAGAAGGUCUAGACAUUGGAGAAGUUGAUCUCAUCAUCUGCUUUGACGCCCAGAAGAGCCCGGUGCGCCUGGUGCAGCGGAUGGGCCGGACGGGUCGCAGGCGGCAGGGCAGGAUCGUGGUCAUCCUUGCUGAAGGGCGGGAGGAGCGGACUUACAACCAAAGCCAGUCUAACAAACGGAGCAUCCACAAAGCUAUCUCAGGGAGCAAAACAUUGCAUUUCUACCAGCAUAGUCCACGUAUGAUUCCAGAGGGCAUCACUCCAAAGUUGCAUAAAAUGUUUAUUACUGCUGAAAAAUAUGAACCAAGCAAUUCAAGAGCACUUUCUAAAGAGAGGAGACCUAGUUCCCUCCAGCACAAAUCUGCUCUCUUUUCCUGUGUUGCCGGCCAAAAGCAAACACACUGUCAUGAGAGCUGGUGUCUGUCUCCUGAGGAAUUUGAAAUAUGGGACAGGCUGUACAGGAUUAAGGAAAGUGAUGGAGCAAAGGCACCAAUACUGCCUCGAAGUCGGUUUGAAACCUUAGAAGACCUGGAAGAAAUACCAGUGAAGGAGGCAGUUUGUGAACUUUCCUUGUCUGAGUGGAGCAUUUGGCAGAGUCGCCCUUUCCCCACCUCUCUGAUUGGUCACUCAGAUCGUUGCUACCAUUUUAUCAGCGUUAUGGAAAUGAUAGAACUGAUGAGGCAUGAGCAGGGAGACUGCAGCUAUGACCUGGAGAUUCAGCCUCACUUACGGAUUGAAGAUGUUAAUGUUCAGAGGAAUAAAAGGCAUCUUCCCAUGACCAGCUCUGCCUUUGGGCAGAAAGCUCACUCGUCUAGAAAAGACGUGACACACAGGCCAAAAGUCAAACCAUUUCCACUUGAUACAGAUGAUAAUGGGAGUGAAUUCUUUUCCACAUUUAAAAUAGCAAAACCAAAGUCAUCCAAAAGAACUUCUGGGUUGAAUUUGGAGAUGCCUGUGUUGCCUACAGACAUUAAUACUUCAGCUUCUUGCUCAGCAAGGAGGGUUGCUGUGGUUGAAAAUACUGACCAGGGCAGUCAAAAGGAGGAGGAACCAGAGGUGACGUUUGACUUAAAUGAAUGUAUCGACCUAUGUGACAACAGUGAAAGUGCUGUAGUUCAUGAAGGGGCAGUAAUAAAGGAAUCCAAAACUGUAGAUAAAGCUGGUAGGUCACUGGGGACAAACCAAACAGAUUCUGGUUAUGGUAGCUUCACAGCUGAGGAAUCUCCUGUGUCCUCUGACUUGUUUUAUCUGCCUGAAUCAUACGUGGAUUCAUUUGAGCUUCUGAGACCAUCUGAGGAUCCUUCUUCAUUAAAACAAAUAUCUUCUCAUGUGAAAAGUCUUUUAUCACAGCCCCCUCCCUCUUCAAAUGAACUCCAUGAUUUAGAAAACAUGAUGAGAGAUGAGGAAACAAGAUGUCCUUUUCAAGAACCCGUUUCUGACAGUCAUUUGGAGAGGCUGCCAGGCAAAGGCUUUUCUGUGUCCUCAGAAGUUGAUCAUUCACUGCUGCUCUUUGCAAACCCUGGACUGAAGGCCACUAGUGAAUUGUGUGUCUCUGUAAACACCUCGUUUUCCAAAAGUGCAUCAUCCCCUAAGAGUCUUGUUGUUAAAGCCAAAGAGGAAACCCACAGGAAUGACAGCUCAUUCAGUCUGUUUGCCAAUGAAGAAUUCACUGAAAUUGAAAAGAAAGCUCCAACAAUAAAUCACUCUCUGACAAAUAAACCUUCAAAUAAGUAUUUUGUUCAAAAAGAUAAAGAAGAUCUUAAAAUGAACAAGAAAAAUGUGAUUAUUGUGGGCAGCCCUCCAGAGGUGGGCUGUGUGGACACCAAGAAAACCUGUGAGGAGCAGCCAGUGGGCAGUGAAUCCACAAACAUGGAAACAUCAGGUAGCAUCAGUGUGACCAAGCAGUUCCUGGAUGAUGAUGAUGAUGAUGAUGAUGAUGAUGAACUUUAUGAUUGUUCUCAAGAAUUGUUUUCUGUGAACUUUGAUCUGGGAUUCUCCAUUGAUGAGUUUCAGAGUGACAUCUGUGAAGAACCUAUAAAUACCACAGGAACCAGCAGCGGGAGCGAUGAAGAGGUUGUUUUCCGGAGGAAAAACAGGAAAAAAAUGAAUGUUUUGAAGUCUCCUGAUACAGACAGUGAUGACAGCAUGGACUUCCAGAAGAGCUGCAGCAGGAGCACAAAGAGCAAUUCAGCAGCCCAGAAGAGAAACCAGCUGAGAAGCACAAAACGGCAGAAGGUCAAGAGCAGUUUCCCAUACAAGAAUGCAGGAAGAGAGUUUCUAGAUGAAGAAGCUGAGCUGUCCCAGCAAGAUGCUGAUGGUGUUUCAUCAGAUGAAAGUGAUGAAGCAGAGAACGAGCUGAAUUCUUCCCUUGCUCAGUUCCUGGAUGAUGAUGUGGAGAUCACCCAAGUGUUAAACGAGGGUGAGAUGGAAGGGGUGUACUUGCAGUCCGUGCGCAGCCCCGUGCUUGGCAACCAAUACAAAAUGGUUCAUCGGGAGUUCAGCAGCAGGGCCAUUUUCUCCCAGAUUCCUGAGCAAGACCAGUCUUACGCAGAGGACAGUUUCUGUGUUGGAGAGGAGGAAGAGGAAACUUUCCAAAAAAGUGAAUCUAGUGAGGAGGAAGUGUGUGUGAAUUUUGAUCUCCUAAAUAAUGAGAGCUUUACCAGUGGCAGAAAGCAAUACCUGACCCGUCGGAGAAAAGAGCUAACCCGUGGCAGGAUGGAAGGGACCUCCUCUGUCCCAGGGCAGAAGAAUAAACCAUCCCGGGUGAUUGUUAUCAGUGAUUCCAGUGAGGAGGAGACAAGUGUCAGCAGUGAGAAGCUCAUGAGAACAGACUGUUGCAGGGCAGAGCAGGAAAACACUGUAUUACCCAAGGCAGUGCUUUCAGUCUCUUCUGUGCAGCACAAAAAAAGUGCUGGGGAAACAAGUGUGCAUCAGCCUGUGAGGACUGAGAGGGAGAUGCUGCUCAGCUUGAAAGCUUCAGUAUCUGAAAUGCUGGAUUUCCACCCAGAACAUCAAGCCAGGAGCACACGCUCCCAACACACUGUCCUUGGUCCUGAUUCGGGGAAGGAGGCUCCCCUGGCUCCUGCUGAGCAGGAGCCUUCCCUCUGCGUCCUGGCCGACAGCCGCGAGAUCUCCUCGGGAGCAGAGGUGAUCUCCUCCCUGAAGGCCACGCAUGGGGUCAAGGUCCAGGUCUGCUCCCUGAGCAGCAGCGACUACAUCGUGAGCAGCCGCGUGGCCGUGGAGAGGAGGUUUCUCUCAGAGCUGCUGAACUCCAUGAACAGGAGUAAAGUCACCCAGCGGAUCCAGCGCCUGCAAAGCACGUUUGAGAGAGUGUGUGUGAUUGUGGAGAAGGACAGGGUGAAGGCAGGAGAAACGUCCCGGUUUUCCCAGAGGACGCAGCACUACGAUGGACUGCUCUGUGCCUGGGUCCAGGCUGGGGUCAGGAUUCUCUUCAGCUCUGGCCAGGAGGAGACUGCAGGUUUGCUGAAAGCCCUGGCUCUGGUGGAGCACAGGAAGAAGGCUGCCAUCCGUGUGCCAACCGAGGUGGAGGGUCACAAGCGGGACAUGCUCAACUUCUACCUGAGCAUUCCCAACCUCAGCUACCUGGCUGCCCUCAACAUGUGCCAUCACUUUGACUCCGUGAAGAGGAUGGUCAACAGCUCCCCGCUGGACAUCGCCAGGGCUGCCCAGGUGAGCCCCCAGAAGGCAGAGGAGAUCUACCAGUACCUGCACCACAGCUGUGACCUGCAGCUGCUGCCCGAGGGCCUCUGUGCCAGGGGGAGGCACCAGGCAGCUGCCCAGAGCUGA